CCGUCGCAGACGCUUCCUCCUGCCACGCCCCCCCGCAUCACGUGUCUGCGCUCUUUCCUCGGAUUCCCGGAUGUGGGUCAGUUCAUUUGCUCUCGUGCAGGGGAAGUCUGGAGAAGACAUUGUUUCAAUUAUUAAAAGUGUGGGGGCAGUGGGCGGAACAAACGCGCCGACUACAGAGGCUGGACGUAAGCUUAGCGGUGGCGCGCGUGCGCAGCGCUGGCCCGAGUUGCCAAAACAAAGGGUAUUUGGUGAUGGAGGCUUUGUUAGAAGGAAUACAAAAUCGAGGGCAUGGGGAUUUUUGACAUCUUGUGAAGCAGAACUACAGGAGCUCAUGAAACAGAUUGACAUAAUGGUGGCUCAUAAAAAAUCUGAAUGGGAAGGACGGACACAUGCUCUAGAAACUUGCUUGAAAAUCCGUGAACAGGAACUUAAGACCCUUAGGAGUCAGUUGGAUGUGACACAUAAAGAGGUUGGAAUGUUGCAUCAACAGGUAGAAGAAUAUGAAAAAAUCAAGCAAGAGAUGACCAUGGAGUAUAAGCAGGAGUUGAAGAAACUACAUGAAGAAUUACGCAUACUGAAGAGAAGCUAUGAAAAGCUUCAGAAAAAGCAAAUGAGGGAAUUCAGAGGAAAUACCAAAAAUCACAGGGAAGAUCGAUCUGAAAUUGAGAGGUUAACUGCAAAAAUAGAGGAAUUCCGUCAGAAAUCGCUGGACUGGGAGAAGCAACGCUUGAUUUAUCAGCAACAGGUAUCUUCACUGGAGGCACAAAGGAAGGCUCUGGCUGAACAAUCAGAGAUAAUUCAGGCUCAGCUUGCCAAUCGGAAACAGAAAUUAGAGUCUGUGGAACUUUCUAGCCAAUCAGAAAUUCAACACUUAAGCAGUAAACUGGAGCGGGCUAAUGACACUAUCUGUGCCAAUGAGUUGGAAAUAGAGCGCCUCACCAUGAGGGUCAAUGACUUGGUUGGAACCAGUAUGACUGUCCUGCAGGAGCAGCAGCAAAAAGAAGAAAAAUUGAGGGAAUCGGAAAAGCUAUUAGAGGCUCUGCAGGAAGAAAAGAGAGAAUUGAGGGCAGCUCUUCAGUCUCAAGAAAAUCUCAUACGUGAGGCAAGAAUACAAAAGGAGAAGUCACAAGAAAAAGUAAAGGCAACUGACACUCAACAUGCUGUAGAAGCUAUAAGGCCACGGGAAGAAUCUCUGGCAGAAAAGAAGUACACCUCUCAAGGGCAGGGGGACUUAGACAGUGUGCCCUCCCAGUUGAAUUUUACCCAUACUAGUGAGGAACUUCUGCAGGCAGAGGUGACUCGUCUUGAAGGCAGUUUGGAAUCUGUGAGUGCAGCGUGUAAACAGCUGAGCCAAGAACUAAUGGAAAAAUAUGAAGAAUUGAAGAGGAUGGCAACACAUAACAAUGAAUACAAAGCAGAGAUUAAGAAGUUGAAAGAACAGAUUUUACAGGGUGAACAAAGUUACAGUUCUGCACUAGAAGGAAUGAAGAUGGAAAUCUCCCAUCUAACUCAGGAGUUACAUCAGCGAGAUAUCACUAUUGCUUCCACCAAAGGUUCUUCCUCAGACAUGGAAAAGCGACUCAGAGCAGAGAUGCAAAAGGCAGAAGACAAAGCAGUAGAGCAUAAGGAGAUUUUGGAUCAGCUGGAGUCACUCAAAUUAGAAAAUCGUCAUCUUUCUGAAAUGGUGAUGAAAUUGGAAUUGGGUUUACAUGAGGGCCCCAUGCAGAACCUCAUGAGACGUGACUUCAGAGGCCUCCUCUCUGACAGGUGAGGGAGGUGUCAGCUUUUCAGAGAGAGAGGCUGCCUUGCCUGGGGACACAGAGCUAGCCAGUGGCCAAAGCAGCAGUGGAUGCAGUUGUCCUGAUCCUGAUGCACAGUUCAAGAACCUUUUUUUUUUUUUUUUCACAUGUGAAAACAUCUAUUGGGCAAACGGAAAAAACAUUUGACCUCAUAUUCCUCAUACCUGACAUGGUAAGUUAAUUUUUUUUUCUUUUUUCUUUUUCUUUUUAUUUUUUUAUUAUUAUUAUACUUUAAGUUUUAGGAUACAUGUGCACAACGUUGCACCAGCUCUUUUGUAAAUCAAGAUUUUGUUUUGAUCUAUACACUUGUAGGUGGUAUACAGAGUGAAAUGAAAAGAUGGUUUGCACCAGUGACAUAACUCAUCCUAGUGAGUGCCAUCCUUUGGUGUAGCUAUAAGGGUGGGGGAGCUAAGAUGUCCCUUUCAGAGGCCUUAUACACCAGCAUCAGAUUUGGUGAUAAUUUAAGGUUAUCCAAUGAAUCUGCAUCUCCCAGAAGGCUUAGAUGGCCACUGCCUAUCUUUUGGGGCCUUUGGAACCAAGUGAUGUUUCAGGAUUAUAAGGGACAUACUGCUAACCAGAAGCAGCCAUCUGUACACACUCCUGCCCCUGCUCUCGGUGACAGCUAGAGAAUGAGUGGAAAGCCAGCUGACAUCUGAUUGUUGACAACCAGCUCCCUCAGUGUCAGUGCUCAAACUUGUAAUAAGUGCCUGGCUUUAUCCAAAGUCUCUGAAACCUGCUAGAUGGUGAUGCUAAAGCCAUGCUAACGGGAAGAGAAUUUACUGCAGGCUGACUCAAGGGCAGCAGUCUGGGGAAUUAAGCUUGGCUCCUGCGAGGAAAUUAGGCAGAAUCAAUUAAGGAUGCGGGCAAUUGAGGCAAAAAGAGAGACAUUAAUGUUGGAUGUUAGAACGUCAGAAGGAAACUGGACCAGCAGUUACAAGCUAUAGCACUAACCAAAAAACCCCACAUCAGUAACUUGGGAAAGACAGAAGGAAAUGAAUGAUGUUGUGAAAAUAUCUGAAUUCCUCCCCAAAUUACUUUAUUAAAUCAGUCUUUAAUGAGGCAAUUUCAGGGAGGUGGAAUGGACUGGCAAAAAGUAAUGACAUCCGCCCUGACAACCAAGCAGGGAUAAAUCAGCAAGUGCAGAUUACAUGUCCUCAGCUAUUAAGGAAUUAGCUAAUUAAUUUACCAAACUUUUGGCAGUUAUUUUAAAGGUAAAGAGAGUUAGUAGAGGGAUGCAUAGAUAGGUUACUGAUCUUUAAAGAAACAGUUAAAGGAAUUCAGGGGACUGUGAGCUAUUUUUACACAUCUCAGGCAGUGUGAGGAGUUUUGCACAUGGUAAUCGCCAUGUUGGAACUAACUUUAAAUGAUGCAAAAUGUUAGGGAGAGUUUUAAUGAUAAGCUGCAGGCCAGAAUAGGGCCAUUGUUAAGUAUCUGGACCAGGGCAAAAAGCUGACAGUUUCACUCAAGGCAAGUGUCAGUUUUCCGCAUCUAUGUAGGCUGGCAGAGUCUGUAGGAAAGUUCCACAGAGCAAAAGGACUCCAAUCAAUACUCAAGAAAGACAAGAUAGGUCAAAAAACACCCACCCCAAAAUCGGGUUGGUAACCCCUGAACUGCAGUCUCAUUGAGUCCUAUAGCCCUGCCAGGGAGGCAAUCUAGUCUCCAACAUAUAGAUGAGAGCCCUGAGGCUGCAAGAGGUUAAGGGCCUUACCAAAAGGAACAAAACUAAUAGGUGGUAAAUUAAAAACUGGGAGCCAGGUCUUUCUGGCUUUAACUUUGGCACUCCUUCUAAAGGAUGCUAGGAUGCUUAUACUGGAUCAAGGAGGUGAUACCACGCUAAGUGGUAGACCCAGGUGUUUCUAGCUUCGAAUCUGGCAUUCCUUCUACAGUAUGCGAGAGAGCUUAUACUGGAUAAAGAGGAAUAUAUCCUGGAACUGGAAAAAAUACUAAGCAUUUUCAAAUUUGUAAAAUCAGAGGAAAAUAAUCAUGUUCUGAAAGAUGCUAGGCACAAAUGGAGCUAAGAGACUCGUGGCUAUUUCAUCAGUUAAAAGAGAGUUCCACAUUCCAUUCCAC